CCAUAUUACGCAUCACAUACGCACACUGCGAGACGUCUUUCAGUCGUUUCUCCUCCACUUUGACACGAACCAUCCACGUCUUCACCGGCUAUCAAUCAAUCAACCACUUUCACCCAACCAGACAGCCGACUUGAAUCGAACAAGGAGACGAAGAAGACACGAAAUCGUCUUCGCCACCAUUCCCGAGCACGCCGCCAAUCGAUGAGCAGGAGCACCAUCAAACAGGAGCUGGAUUACGGCAGCAGGAGCAUGUCGAGAGCACCUUCGAACCACAGCCCCAGCUCUUCGCAGGGCGGCAUGACGGACUCACUCGCUGUCGAUACCUUCAUCGACAUGAAUGCCUUCAACGAUGGCAUGUCAUACCAAUCACCCUCGCUUUCACCCGCUGCCACAACCAAGGCAUCAUUUUCAAGGCCGACUCCCACCACAACCACUCCCAUCUCGAUGAUGUCGACGAGCCAGCCCCUAAGUGGGCCCAGCCACGACUACGACAUGUACAAGCAGCAGACCGGCAUCGUUCCUGGGGCUUUGGCAAACACCUUGGCUGUGAACGAGAACAACGCCCAGGUUGCGGGCGGGUACAACCCGUUCAACAUUGACGAGUACUUCGGAAUGUCAAUGGGAAACACAGAAUCUUCAUUCGACUUUAACACUAGCCCAUCACUCCACACUGACAUGGAAAUGGAGUUUGACCCGUCCGCAGACAACGGUUUCCUUUUCGGCACGACCGUCAACCCCAGCGCCAUUGGAGGCCAGGAGCCCAGCAGCGUCCCAUCUCCUUCGAUCCUCUCCUCCACAACCAGCAAUGUCGGCCGUGUGUGGCCUGGUAUGCAUCAACAACAGGCCGCCAUCGCCAAGGCACAGUCUCAACAAAGGCAACAACAAGAGGCACAGAUGUUGCACCAGAGGCAACAGUCUCAAAGCCAGUCGCCCAAGCACCAGCGCUCCAAGUCUGGUCAGCCUUCAGAUCCACUGGUUGAGCAGAAAAUCUCUCAACUCUUGCAGUCUAUGCGGGCCAAGCCCGAUGGACAGGACAGCCAAGAGCACAGUCCUGUUUUGCAACAUCCUCGCUCCAAAAAGGAGGAGGAGGAUAUGGACGAGGACGAGAGGCUUUUGGCCAGCGAAGAGGGCAAGAAGCUGACCAGCAAGGAGCGCCGCCAAUUGAGAAACAAGGUCUCGGCUCGUGCCUUCCGAUCAAGGAGAAAGGAAUACAUCACUCAGCUCGAGUCAGAGAUCGCCAACAAGGUUACCGAGAACGGUGAUCUAAGGACGCAGAACCGCGCUCUUAUGGAGGAGAAUAAGCGUCUGCAAGACCUGACGCGCAUGCUCCUUUCAUCACCAUCAUUCUCCGACUUCCUCGAUCGCCUUAGCACCAAUCCUGCGUCUGUUCCCCAGACAUCAGCACCGGCGCCUCAAGUCGAGCAAAGGCAGGAGGCCCGCCAGCUGCCUAAGGACGUGAAUCCUUACGCAGCACAGCAACAACGUCAACAAAUUGGUAUGGCCAUGAUUCCUGAGCAAAACAUGGAUUUCUCCAUGUUGACACUGGAUACCGAUACCUCGGGCUUUAACUUCCAGCCCCAAGUAUACGCCGUGCUCGAGACUCCCGAGAUCAUUCUGCCGCCCUCCGUUGAUACUGCUGCCCUGUCGGGCAAGGAGUCCAACUUUAUUGGUCAGCAUUUCGACUCGGAGGACGACAAGGUCGAAGUCUCUUCCAUCAUUCGCCACGAGCUGACCGAGGAAGAGAAACUUGAGGCACCUGCCACGCCUGUUAUUGUCGAUCACGAGUUUGACGACGACCCAAUGUUUGCUCUUUACAACGACUCCCCAGUAUCAGCUGAAUCUACCGAGCCUUUGGACACGAAUUUGGAUGAUCUGGUCGAGGUCGACAUCUUUGGGGGCAUCGAGACAGACAAGGCUUUGGCUAGAUACGAGCUCGUUGAUGCUGCUGAUGAGGAAAAGCAGGCUGUCCUCGCAGAGCUGAGAUACGCUCGUCUGACCGCAAGGUUAGAUGCCAUGAUGGAGCAGCUGGAGUCUUUGAAUUUCAUGUCUUAGGUUACAGAUGGGCUUAUUGGGGAGCCAAAGUUAAAGAAGUGUAAUAUGCAAUGCCUGCUCAGCAAGGUGUUGCCUGCCUGGUGCACAGACGCACCACGAAAGACAUCAGAAACACAUCUCAUUAUAUGGGAAAUUUUGGUUGAUAUAAGGCGCGAAUCAUCGGUUGGGUUGCAUUUUAUUCAGAACGGGUGGGGGGAACUCUUUUGCUGCACUUCCAUAUAGUUACGGCGUGACUGCACACUGGCAGUCUCCGGUAUUGUCCGGUCUAUGUAUUUUUUCCUAUGACGAUAUAACGACGGAGUUCUUUUCUUUUUUAUUCAUCGUAUCAGUUCCUCAUGCCUGUUUUGUGAUCUCAAAGCUGUCU